AAUGGACCUCCUGAACCCCUUCGAAGGCGUCAGCGCUUUGCUUCGGUCUCGUCUCCAACGACCACUCGAUCUGCGUCCCAUUUCCUCACAGAACCCGCGACAUCCGUGCGUUCCAGGUGGAAGGUGUUGGAAGCUGACGUAGAACAAUCGGCGAAGGACUGGGUACAGAAAUCCAGCCACGUUGAGAGUGCAUUUGAGUCGCCCCAACCAUCACCUCCGCCGCCGCUGCCGCCACCACCGAUUCCCGCUAAACCAAUUACACACAGGAACACGACACCCGACUUACCACCUCGGAUGAACAGGUGGAAGAGUUUCGGUGAAAACCUAGUCAACGUAAACCCCUAUUUGGAACCGGUUACUAGUCCCUGUGAGACAAGUUUGGAGGCCUCCUUGAAUCCACGGAAUUCCUUGACCCACAACCGUUUUUCGAAGAACCCCCCCUCUGAUGGUGUUGGUACGGGCGAAUUGUUCCAAAAGCCAGGCGUUUCCAGACGCAAGGAACAUUCAGAUUCCCUACAUUUGCCCAGUGAAGAUCCGUACGAGGAGACACCGCGUUUUGAUUCGCAGUAUCUGACACCCAGAACCGCUGCGUCAUACGAGCAAGCUCGUUCGCCCACCUCCACUAGGAUGAACCGGAAGCAAACCCACGAGGUCCCCCUCAGCCCCUCUACCCUCAGAGCUGCAGUCGACUACGAGCCCGGUGAAUCUGUCUGCGAAUCCACCGACGCCACCGCCACCGACUCCCACACCUAUCCGCCGAAUUUGUCUGAGAUGACGAGACAACUGAGUGGUUCGCAGACGGCGCUAGUCACACCUCGACCUGUCUACCCCCACAAUGUAAUUCGGCGUGAGGCCACCUACACACAACUUAACAUCUGA